ACAAUUAUGGCAAAGCUUCCACUAGUUUAUGUCAUAUUAGUAAUUCUUGCUCUUGCAUACUCAGGUUCAGCCACUAACUAUCUGGUGGGUGACAAUUCUGGCUGGGAUAUUAGUACUGAGCUUAAUACAUGGUUAUUAGGCAAACGAUUGUUCUUCUGUUCCAAUUCUCAAAUUACGAUAGGGUGCAACACAACAAAUGUACUAAAAUCGAGCAGUAAAGGCAAUACAACUUUCCCAUUAACAGAGCCAAGGGACAGUUAUUUUAUUUAUGGGAACAGAUUACAUUGCCUUGGAGGAAUGAAACCUCAUGUAAAUGUAGAAGAUAAUGGAGUUGCUUCACCAGCUGCAGCACCUCAGCUAGGGGCUUCUUUUCCUACACCUUCUUCCAAGAGCAAUAAUAACCCUUCAGUUGUUGUUCCUAGUUCUACUACUAAUUUGUCUAACCAUGUUGGUUUAACUUCUCUACUUUUAGCAAUCCUUGGAAUCUUGUCCUUGCUAUUUUGGUUCAUGUGAAUUUGUGGAUUUUUACAGUUGAAGGGUGUGUUUUGGUUUGUUCA